AUAUAUAAAAAAAUUUGUUGUUGUCAUUUUCAUUUGAGAGUAUCGCCGAAGCUUGUCGAGAGAGAGAGAGAGAGAGAUGGAUUCAUCGGCGUCGUUUGUAGGGAACAGAUAUUGGGUCCUCCGACACGGCAAGAGCAUUCCCAACGAGAGAGGCCUCAUCGUCUCUUCCAUGGAAAAUGGUGUGCUUUCAGAGUACCAAUUAGCUCCUGAUGGUAUGGCUCAGGCUCAGCUCGCUGGCGAAUCGUUCCUUAAGCAACUCAAGGAGAGUAACAUAUCACUGGAAAAGGUCCGCAUUCGCUACUCGCCCUUCUCCAGAACCACUCACACCGCAAGGAUUGUCGCUCAGGUCCUCAAUCUCCCUUUUGAUACUCCUCACUGCAAGAUGAUGGAAGCUCUGCGAGAACGUUAUUUCGGACCUACAUUUGAGCUCAAGUCACAUGACAAGUACCAAGAGAUAUGGGAUCUUGAUGAGAAAGAUCCAUAUAUGAGACCACAAGGAGGAGAAAGUGUUGAUGAUGUUGUGUCCAGACUUGCCACUGCCAUUGAAUCCAUGGAAGCUGAAUAUCAAGGAUGCGCAAUUUUGGUGGUGAGUCAUGGAGAUCCUCUGCAGAUGUUGCAGAACAUUUUCCAUUCAGCAAAGCAACAACGAGGAGAUGGUUUAGCAGAGAUCAUUCAGAAGGGCAGAGUUGCUUCUGUCUUGUCACAGCACCGCAAGUUUGCUUUGCUCACCGGGGAACUCCGACCCCUCGUCUGAAUUUGGCAAUCUUCAUAUUGAAGCAAGCUUACUAUAUUAAAAAAAAAAAAAAAGUAUUCAACUUUGGCAUUGUUUUGUUGCCAGUUCUUAUCUGGCAAUGACAUUCUUGCAGUUACUUGAUUUGGGAUAAGCUAUUAUGACAUCAUUUUGUUAAGCGGACCAUGAAGGGUUAUUCUUCUGUGAUAAGAAACCAUACUUAAUUUGUAUCUUUGUU